AUGGAGUUCUUUUACGAGGAACAGGCCACUAGAAAUGGAGAACAGUUGGUGGAGGGCGACUUGAAGAGUGACAAGGAUACGGAAAAGGCUUUCCAAGAGCUUGAAGGAACCAUUGAUGAGCAAUAUCAACGCACUGCUCGCGCUCUCAAGAAAUUCGUGAAUGAUGAACGGGAUGUUGAAUUGAAUAUUCCACUCGAUACUCGCAUCUCGGAGAAAGCCCAGGGCGCUUUAGAUUCUCUAGACACACAAUUGCAGAAUGUUGAACAUCUUGCCCAAGACUAUUGGAAAAAAGUGUCGACCAAAUCAUUUUGGUCCUCCGUAACCAAUACCUUGGGGUCAAAGCUUGAUGAGGUGGUUAAGGUAAACGACCAGAAGUCAUCAACUGUUUGUUCUCAAACCCCUGAUGCUAAAGCUACUACUCCAGUUGCAGGCAACAGGACUGAGGCGGAACUUAGAAUGCUCUCUAGUAAUGACAAGAUUUACUUGGAAAACGAAGAUGAACUACCGGAUGACUUCAAGGUGGAUGAAUAUACAGCAGAGGUCUCACAGCUUCUCACCGAGAAUAAGAACCUAGAGCUUCUAAUGAACGCUCUUGUCCCUGAAAAACUCAGCUAUCAAGACUUUUGGAAUAUAUUCUUCUUGAAAAGGAACAGAAUAUUUGAGAUGGAGCGUAAGCGCAAGGAACUCUUGAAGAAAGAAGGAGAAGAAGAUAAAGAAAUUGACUGGGAUGAUGAGGAGGAAGAACCAGAGCUGGGCAAAGCUUCCGAUUCGGAGAACAAGAAGGAACCUAACAAAAGCGAUAUAGAUGUGCAACAUGACGAGGUAAACGACGCUGGGGCUCAGGAAAAAGGAGGCGAUGACAAUGAUGAUGAAGAUGAUGACUGGGAGUAG